GUAUCAACCAAACACCAUCCUCAACGACACAACAGAACAAGCUUUCUCUCGUUAAGCGGCGCAACCUUCGAGCGAGGCACGUGAUGGAGGGACUGUGGCGGCUGCUGAUCGCGGGGUGCGCGUGUCACUUCCUGUCGAGUGCCUGCGCCUUCGGCGUGGGAACCGCCGGCAGUCCUGCGCAGUGCAAGCGCGCCGAGUUUGUCCCCGGUCACAACCUGGCGGGGGAGGGCCUGGACAUCGUGACCAUGCAGAGGAAAGGAGCGUACGUGGUGGACCUGGAGAAGUGGGGCAGCGCCAACGGAAGCUGCACCCUCGUGCGGAACAGGUACCAGUCCAACCGGCUGCAGAAGCUUCCCACGGCCGUGGUGCACUGGCGGAGCCUCGGGAACUGCCGAAAGGGAGUCACGAGUAAGAGGUACGAGUCGAGCGAGUCGCUGGUGGAGGACGCCACCUCCAGCGCGCAAACCAGCUGGAAGAUCGGCCUGGGCAUUCGGGGCGUGGCCGGCAUUUCCGUGGGCGGAACCCACUCCAGAGUGGCCACCUUCGCCUCCAGGAAGUCCAGGAGAGACAAGUACAGCUUCGUCAGUCAAGAGGUCCACUGCAGUUUCUACAGAUACAGACUUGCUGCCGAGCUGCCACUUCAUGCAGAGUUUCAGGGCGUGAUCAGAAGACUCCAGAAAAGGCGCAGUAGCUCAGACUUCGAGCAGCUGAUCGCCACCUACGGCACUCAUUACAUCGUGGAGGUGCGGCUGGGGGGCAGGGCGAAGGACGUCACCGCCAUCAGGACCUGCCAGGCCGCCAUGAUGGGCCUGUCCGUCACGGAGGUGAUGGAUUGCCUGGAGGUCGAGGCGUCUGGCACGUACAAAUCCGUCACGCUGCGGGCUGAGGCCCGGCACUGCAGGAGGGACAGCCGCAGGAUGCAGAACAGGCAGAGUUUCCGCAGCAUGUUCAGAGAGCACCACUCCGAGGUGGUGGGCGGGGAGCACGGGUCCAACCUGCUCUUCUCCAAGAACCCCAGGUCCUACCUCUACUGGAUGAACUCCCUGAAGGCCAAGCCUGACAUAGUGCUCUACACCGCCAGGCCCCUGUUCUUCCUGCUGCCCCAGCAGCAUCCGGCCAGGCAGGGGCUGCGGACCGCCAUCAGGAGUUACAUCAUGAGGAACGCCCUGGUGAGGAAGUGCUCGGGGUCGUGCCGCGGGAGGAGGUCCAGCAGGCGGGACCCCUGCGCCUGCGUGUGCCGCAGUGACGGUCGGAUCACGGGCAGCUGCUGCCCGCGCAGACCGGGGCUGGCCAAGCUGUCCGUCUACGGCCUCUACGCCAGAAAGCUGUACGGCGACGUGAUGACGCAGACCGACGGCUCGGUGCUGGUGCGCUACGGGGGGAGGGCGGGCCGCACCGAAAUCAUUCCCAACAACGACAACCCGCGCUGGCGCAAGACCUUCCGCUUCGGCCCCGUCGUGCUCAACAUGGGCACGCGUCUCAAGUUCGAGGUGUACGACGAAGACAGACGCUGGAACAGCGACCUCCUGGGGCGGUGCUCCGUGGCGCCCCGACAGGGAACCGUGAGUGACAGCUGCAUGUUCAAAUACGGGACCUUCUUCUUCACCUACAGAGUGACGUGCGCCCCCAGCCUGGGCGGCAACAGAUGUCAGGAGUAUAUCCCCUCUCCCAUGCGUCGGUCCCUGGCGAAGACGUACUACUCCAGAAACGGUUUCCUUGCCGGCGAGCGCUGGGAGGCCGUGCUUGCGGGGAAUCACUCCCAGCUUGCAGGCCUUGGUUCCGGGUUCGAGGACCGCAGUGGCGAAUAGGAAGGGCUUGGCAUCAGGCGCAGCCAAUUGCAUUUGUUUUUACAGUUGUCAUGGCAGCUCAUCCAAUGCAAUAAUUUCCUGUUACAUCUUACUUGCAGCCUGUAUUAAUCAAAACUGUUUGUUGUUGUUUUUUUUGCUUGUCUCUGCCGAAUCUGCUUCCACUCAGUAACUAUUUUUACAGCAAUAAAGCAUUGAUAAAGACAAAA